AAUGGAGCCUCACGGCACUAGAGAAAGGGUAGACGACCGUCUCACAGAGGAAGAUGCUAGCCAGACAUAUGGCGAGUUUGACACAGACAGCGUCUUCAAUAUGUCCACCUUGCAUAAUAUGUCUAUUUAUGGAGAUGUCGAUGAGGAAUGUAAGUUCCUUGACUCAGAUCUCCAAGAAAGAAAUGUUACCUUACUCCGACAAGAUGAUGGGAAGUCUUCCAAGUACGAAAAUUUUAUAGUAAGCAAACUCUGCCCCACAGUGGAAACUUACCUUUCUCAGGACAAAGGGCUACCAAAAGUGUACAUAAAACCAAAGUUCCUAGGGCGUAACUGUUUCGAAAAGGUUGCCAUUGCGAGUUACCAAGGAUCAGGUAGCUCCCUACUUCGGAAGUAUAUUGAGAAUAUCACCUACAUCCUCACUGGAUCUGACAGGGACACUAGCACCGUCCUUGGAAAGCAGUAUCAGUGCGACCUUGGCCUUGAGGGUGAAGGCGUUGCUGGCAAGAAAGUUUGGAUAGUUAAGACCAGUUUUCCAGAAGAGAUCGGAGAAAAACAGAUAUCCAUCCGUAAAUGUAUUCUUGUCUGCCAGAACCCUUGAGAUGCUAUAUUUAAGCAUUUUUGUAAAAUAAUUACUAAGAGAAUUGAUGAUGAAUUAUCCGAUGAGCUCAUGGAUAGAUUACAAGAAUGAUGGGAAGAUUUCGUUCACCAAGAAGUACAUGUCUGGAGAAAAUUCUACGAUUAUUGGAUGCUAGCAUCCAAAAUUCCAACAUAUUGAGUUCGGUAUGAGGACCUCAUGGAGGACCCUAAAACAGUCCUGACUGAUGUCUUCAAGUUCUUACUCGAUGCAGACAGUAUCGAAGGAACCGUUAUAGAGGGCUUAAUUUCCAAAGAACUCUGUCCUGAAAAGGAGUUAUAUUACCAAAGAGAAGCUUCAGGAGAAUCUUUUGAUAAAUUCACCGAUGCUCAGAUGGAUCUACUCAAGAGCAAAGCUGGCUGUGUCAUUAGGAGACUAGGAUACGGGUCGAACUUCAUGAGCCCCAUCAAUCCUAUUGCCACGACUGACUACUUCGAGAAUGAUGAGCUCAUCACUGAGUCAAAGAAAUAUGAACUUGACACGAUAGUAAAAUAAUAGGGAUGAGCAUGAGAUAAAAGUAAGAUACGAUUACGUUGAAUUAAAUAAACUUGCACUCUCUCAAGUCAAAGGUAGGCAACAAAUGGACCAGUCCAAACUCCCUAUUUUCAAACUUAACCAUGAAAGUGAGAAACUUAGAGAACUCGGAAUUAAGCAAUGCUUGAGGCCGUACAAAUUAUUGAUAAAGGAAAUCGCAAUGACACUGUUUUAAAUAUUUA